CUGCCCCAACAAAAUUGAAGAACAUCAUUAGGACGUUGCUUUUCCUUCCAAUCAAAUAUGGGUGUGCGUGUUGUAGCUCUUAAUAGCAUAGACUUCGUUUCCACACGCUGAAGUAGUGGUCGUUUAACCUUGUUUGUCACGCUUCCGUAGUCGAUUCGACACAGCUUCAAACACCAACAUGCAAGCAGCUAUGGAAAUAUCAGCAAAGUACUGUUAUAAAGAACUGGAGACAUAUGGGUCAUGCGUUGCCUCAAAUCCAACGUCUUGGCAACACAAGUGCCAUGACCUAAAACUCAAGGUUUCUCAGUGUACAUCAUCACAUCCAGUGAUCCAGAAGAUCAGGGAAGACUGCUCCACAGAAUUUGAGAAAUUUGAGCAAUGUCUGAAAGAAAACCUGACCUCACCUACCUCUUGUUCGCCACACGUGACCCGCUUUCUAGGCUGUGCAGACUCCGUUGACCUCAGCAGCGUGGAUGCCAGGUACAGUGGGAGAGUCUGUGCUGCUGGAUGCCGUCUAACACAUUUCAAAACAAUGAUAACAAGCUCCAGGCUUUUCCUUAAGCUGUCCAAGCAGGAGCUUCCUCUGCAGACACACACUGACUAGCAUGGAGUAAAAAAAAAAAAAAGGAAAUGACCAUGAAAGUAUUGCUAAAGCUGAAUCAUCAAGCAACUGUAUACCAUCCAUUUUAUCAGCUGCUAUAUUUAAAACUAUUUUACACUUUGUAAAAGGUUGUCGAUGCAAAUAAGGUUGUGUAUAUUUAGGAAAUUAUUAUUGUAUACAUUUAACAGAAAUUUGAUUUGGAUAGGCAAAUUGUUGCCUACGCAAAGUUCAGACAAAAUGAAUUUGCUGUUGCAAAUAAAUUAAUAAUUGUGAAAAGCUUUGAUAUUGAUAGAAGCAUUGAUCAAAUUACAAAAAUCUAUUUUUUUCUUCAUAAAAGGCUAAGAUCUUUAAACUGUGUAAGGUUUGAAUGCAUUUGCAUUCAAAUUCAUUUUACUAAAAUAAAGUGAUUGAUGAUUAUC